AUGGGACGCACGUGUAAUUUGGUGCGGCUCGCCAGCUUCGCCCUGGCUGCUGGGACUGCUUCCGGUGGAUGCCCGUUCCUUUCGGGUCAGAAGGAUCUUGGCAGCCGCAUUGGUGGGGAACGCCUCCUGUCCGGCAACAACGAUCAUGGUCAUGGAGGAGGGGCCGACUACUCCCGAGAGACGUACGAGGCCAUCCAGGCCGACAUCGUGUCCAUGUUCGUCGACUCCAAGGACUUCUGGCCGGCCGACUUUGGCAACUACGGCCCUCUGUUCAUUCGCCUUGCUUGGCACUGUGCAGGCAGCUACCGCGCUUCCGACGGGCGAGGGGGCUGUGACGGCGGUAGGAUCCGCUUUUUCCCGGAACACGGGUGGGCCGACAACACCAACCUGGACAAGGCCCUGACCCUCCUUCAGCCCAUCAAGCUCAAGUACGGCGACGCGAUCUCAUGGGCCGACCUCAUCACGCUGACGGGAGACAUGGCCAUCUCGAGUAUGGGGGGUCCCAUCCUUGGAUUCUGCGCUGGAAGGCAGGAUGAUGACUCCGGUUACGACAGUCUCGAGCUCGGCCCAAGUCCCGAACAGGCGCGUGUUCUAGUUGGGUGGCAACUCAAGUUCCCUGCGACAACAACCGUGAACAAAAUACACCUCGAGCAGGAGGCGACCGCUCCUUGCGCCGUGAACGGAACGUGCGAGCUUCCCCUCGGCACCAGCACGGUGGGGCUCAUCUAUGUCAACCCAGGCGGACCAAUGGGCGUCCCUGAUCCGGAGGCCAGUGCGCCGGAGAUCCGCGAAGUCUUCGCGCGGAUGGGCAUGAACGACACCGAGACCGUGGCUCUCAUCGGCGGAGGGCACGCGUUCGGCAAGUCCCAUUAG